GAAAGAAACUGCACCAGAAAUGGAAGAAUCUCAUACUGAUAUGCCCAUCAACAACAGCAUCAUACAAAAGUUGGUUGAGGCUGUUAACAACUUGUCUGGAAGAGUAGAAACCAUGGAUGUUAGUGUAGCUGAAAGGGUUACUAAGACAUUGGAAGCUUCUGUACAAGCUCAGGUGGAAGCUAGAAUGGCUUUAUUUGAGACUGAGAUGAAGAACAAGAUGGCCAUAUUAGAGGAAGACAUAAAUGUUCUUAAAGGGAAGGAUGAAGAAAAAGUUACAUCCAAUGCCGGCAACUCCAAAGCACAUGAAGACGACGACGCUUGUAGCAACACGAUGUCCUGGAUGGUUCAGACAAAAAAAGGUUCAGCUGAUAGUUUACCAAUAAAACGUGUCGUAAAAAAGGAGAAGAAGAUUAACAAGACGAUGCCAGGGAAAAAAGUGAAGAUAGAGAAAACAUUUUCUAUCCCACAGCUAAAUGACCAAUCCAUUUCUACAGAGGAUUGGGAAAAUCAUCUAAAAUGGCAGAAAAGUGUAAAGUGUAGACUGGCGUUGGAAGCUCUAGCUUCAAUUUUGGAGGAGCCUACACGCAAAAGAAAAACCAAGCUGACAAAGACUCAAGUUUUUUCAUACGUAGGGAAUUCAACAAUGAAACGUAUCAUAUCUGGUAAAACGGUCUCCAAGGAAUCUUAUGACCCAUUAGCUAAGGUGGCUCCAGAGAAAUUGAAGAAAGUAUUGGACUUCAUUAAGUCUGAUCUGGAAGAUGCUGAGUCUGGUUAUGGAGAUAGAAGUGCAAGAUUUUAUUUGACCUUGUUGCUACCAAGAGAAGCUUGGCCAACAAAGAAUUAUGGCUGGUUGCAUGACUCUCACAUGGCUGCAGCAAUGCAUAUGUUUCACAGACGCUCCAUCCAAUCCCAGUCUCCAUAUUAUUCUCCUCGAAUUGCAUUCCAUGACCGAUGGUUUGUGAACUCAUGGGUUAACGACUACAAAAAGUAUGAUGAGACAAAUGAGUUGCCAGAACAUUUUAGCAUGGCUUUUAAUGGAGAAUACCCAGCUGAAUUUGUCACGGGUAAGAAGUGGCUUAAAGAUGUUGACUCUCUCUUCCUCUGCCACCAUGUCAACGGCGACCACUGGGUUGCUCUUCAUAUCGAUCUGCAGAAGGAGGUAAUACAUGUGUAUGAUAGCAUUCGAACUUGGGUGCCUGAUAAGAAGAUGCAAUAGGAGUGCAUGCCGUUUACAAAAAUGCUUCCUGCAUUGCUUAACAAGAUGGUCGAUCCUAAGUUGAGAACAAAUCCUGACAAGCAGUUCACCUACCAUAGGUACAAGAAGAUCCCCCAAAAUGAAGACCCAGGAGAUUGCGGCCUGUACACUCUGAAAUACAUUGAAUGUUUAGCUCUGGGUAUAAUUUUGUAGGCUUAAGUGAUCAGAUCAUACCAGCAAUGCGAUUGAAGAUGGCUGCAGAGAUUUAUGAUGAGGUGGCUAUGGAGGAUUAGGAAGUAUAACUUGUAGUCUGUUUUU